AUGACCAGCGACCUCAACAUCUUUGUGCGCGAGCAGAAGAUAUUCACCUCCCUCACUGCAACUUCUCUUCCCGAUGAUAUUCCUUACGGGCCAGCCUGGGACCCCCAGGAUGAUCACAACUCAUCUCCAGAUGACACCACUUUACCCCUCACCACUCAUUGGGCAUAUGGAGCUCAUCCAUGGUUUCCUCUCAUUCCCUUGAAUCCUCGCUUCUACAGUCAAAUGUUUGAGUGUCUGAACCACUCGAUGUUCUCCCUGUGCACAGAGCUCGACAGCCAGGGAAAGCACACCUCCACCGUGACAUUAGAGAAAGCUGGUGUGAACUAG